AUGGCCACCUUCCCGCCCCCGCUGCCAGGAUCCAAGAUGCCUCCCUCCGAGCCUUGGACGCUGCUCGCUUCCCGCCAGGCCUCCGCAGCGCCCUUAGGCGGUAUAUGCCCUCACCAAAGAUGGCGGUCGGGAGCGUCCCCGGUUAUUAGGCUCCCGCCCGUCACUCCACGCUGGGUCGUCGGGAUUCGCGGCCGAGAUGGCGGCGGCUGAGCUGGAGUACGAGUCUGUCCUUUGCGUGAAGCCCGAUGUCAACGUCUACCGCAUCCCGCCGCGCACCUCCAACCGCGGGUACAGUUGCUUUUCUUUUCAGGGCAUCUGACUGGAAACUGGACCAUCCAGACUGGACAGGGCGGCUUCGUGUCACCUCCAAAGGCAAAACUGCAUACAUCAAACUGGAGGACAAGGUUUCAGGAGAACUCUUUGCCCAGGCUCCAAUAGAUCAAUACCCUGGCAUUGCAGUAGAGACUGUGACAGAUUCUAGCCGCUAUUUUGUCAUUCGAAUUCAGGAUGGGACUGGACGAAGUGCUUUUAUAGGCAUUGGCUUCACGGAUCGUGGUGAUGCCUUUGACUUCAACGUCUCUUUGCAGGAUCACUUCAAGUGGGUGAAGCAGGAAACCGAGAUCUCCAAGGAGUCCCAGGAAGCCGACACACGUCCCAAAUUAGACUUGGGGUUUAAAGAAGGGCAGACCAUCAAACUUAACAUUGGGAAUAUGACGACAAAGAAAGGAGGAGCAGCCAAGCCUCGUGCAUCUGGAUCAGGAGGCCUAAGCCUGCUGCCACCCCCACCAGGAGGCAAAAUUGCAGUCCCUCCUGUACUUCCCCCUUCUUCCACACCCAUUGCCAACCAUGUCACACCACCACCUGUGCUGAAAUCCAGUAAUGUGAGCAGUGCAGACAUUCUGUUAGACUUAGAUGCUCCUGCUUCUGCAUCCAAGGCACCGGCAUCAGCAUCAGCUACCACAGACCUCUGGGGAGACUUCAGCACUGCAUCCAGUGCUAUUCCCAAUCAGGCUCCUCAGCAGUCCAACUGGGUCCAGUUCUGAGUGCUCAAAGCAGUGAAAUCGGACAAACUGGUGACCAAGAGGCUCUAGAGGCACCAAAUGGGAUCAGAGGGGGCAUAAAACUCUGCUAGUCUUCAAUCAAAACAAAUCGGGAUAAUCAUUCCUUUUUAAACCAGAUCUUCAUUUCAGUCAAAUUUUUGAUCCCACAGUGAAACUACUGAACAUAAAGAGAGCAUACUGACUCCUCACAAGGUGGGCAAGGAGGAGAGAGGUAUCCUCAUCUCUUCUCCCCACUUGGCCAUUAUAUGGUACAUUCUAGCACUUUUCCCCAUCUUUCCAUACAGGGAAAGCAAGAAUCCUGAAGAAGGUGGGUACAAGAGGUGCUUCUGGGUCCCUUGUCCUUCAGAUUUUCUCUGGUCAGACUGCUGCUUUUUGUGGCUGCUUUCAAUAAUGACUCAGCCUCAGCUUGGCCUGCAGUGCUGAGGGCAGCUGAUUUGGCUGCAGCUUGUAGAUGGAAGCUUUAAAGAGAUAGUUCAACACAAAACCCUCUGAUUAAUUACAUCUGUGAUGAGGAGUAAACCUCCCCAUAUAUGCAGUGCUCCUCUCUGAUGCAAUUUUUGAUAGUGCUGGAUGUUCCUGUACUCCUGUGGGAGGAGUCAUGCAAGUCCUUGAGUAGACCUCAGGCCAUUGUGCUGUAGCUCUACAUGGGCACCCCAUCUUAAAGCUCCUUGUUGGGCUUGCAGGUUCACUGAAGGAAUUUCUCAGUUUCAUUCCCUUCUCCCUCCUGCCCCAUGCAGAGGCCUCAUUGUCAUUGAGCUGUUUUAACUGGAAAUAGCUUUAAGGAAAAAAAGAAAAAAAAAAAAGGCUGUUUUUAUAAUUUGGUAGUUACUUGCACUAGAUGACAACCAGGUGAUCCCACCACUCAGCAUUUCAUGUUCCUGCAUCACUAUCCUGAGCCCUGGCCUUGUGUUGUAACUUGGCACUGUGUUACAAGUAUUGCAUAUCCAUGCCACAGUAAAAACUAUGGGGACAAUGGAUUAUUCUCUGGUGGAGGGUCAAUCUCCUUCCCCUCUACAGCUUGCACUUAUUUGGGCAAGAAAUGUAUAGUAGGCCCAAUCUUGAGAACUGUGUCAGUGAAAUUCUCCCACCUGUGUUCCUUAUGGCUUUCCUUCUAAGGCUUUCUACAAUGUGAGCUGGUUAUUGUAACAUGGAAAUAUUUUU